AUGACAGACCAUGAGUUCCCGAGGUCACAGCGGAAGGUCAUGAGAGCAGGAAGGGAUGGGAAACGAGCCCUGAUUGGAAGUACAGAGGCUAACAGAGAGGAGAGUCUGAAGGCGACGGACGAGCUGCAGGCCUGGACCUCGGCUGGCCCCAGCAGCCCCGCGAGUACGUGCCUCAGGGUGGCCUGUACUCUGGAUCCACUGGCAAAGAAGAUCUUUAAAGGAGUUUUACUAGCUGAACUUGUGGGCAUUUUUGGAGCAUAUUUUUUGUUUAAAAAGAUGAACGCAAGCCAAGAUUUCAGGCAAACAAUGAGCAAGAAAUUCCCCUUCAUCUUGAAACUUUAUUACAAAUCCACUGAACACUCUGGAAUGUACGGAAUCAGAGAGCAAGAUCAAGAAAAGUGGCUGAACAGCAAAAAUUAGGAAUUUG